UCGCCUUUUCGCCCUUUUCCCAGUAUCCGACACCGACUACGUGAUACCUAGCCAAGAUGUCUAAGAGAGGUCGUGGUGCCGCCUCCGGCAACAAGCUCAAGAUGACCCUCGGUCUGCCUUGCGGUGCCGUGAUGAACUGCUGCGACAACUCUGGUGCCCGUAACCUGUACAUCAUCUCGGUCAAGGGAAUCGGUGCCCGCCUGAACCGUCUCCCCGCUGCCGGUGUCGGUGACAUGGUCAUGGCCACCGUCAAGAAGGGAAAGCCCGAGCUCCGUAAGAAGGUCAUGCCCGCCGUUGUCGUCCGUCAGAGCAAGCCCUGGAGAAGACCCGACGGUAUCUACCUGUACUUCGAGGACAACGCUGGUGUGAUCGUCAACGCCAAGGGUGAGAUGAAGGGAUCCGCCAUCACUGGCCCCGUCGGUAAGGAGGCUGCUGAGCUCUGGCCCCGUAUUGCUUCCAACUCCGGUGUCGUUAUGUAAAAGAAUCAAUACAAAAAGGCGUCGUGACAUUAGGAAGUCAGGGAGAGAUAGAAGCAGCGAUACCAGGGAAUGAAAUCAUCUUUUU